CCCUCCCGAGUCCCGACUCUGCCUUCGCCCCGCACAGUUCUGGCCCUAAACCAACCCCUGAACCCUCCCAAUUCCCAAAUCUAGUCGCCGACCUCGCCGCAUCCUUCGCCGGAGACCCCAAUGGAGGAAGGCAACGGGGCGCAGCCACCGCCCUUGCCUCCGCCCGAAGCCGCGGGGCAUCUAGCUCUCGUCCCCAUGGAGCAGGACGAGGACCAGGCAGCCGCGGCGGAGCCCAUGGAGGACGGCGCGGCCGGGGGAGACGCCGCGGAGCCCAUGGAGGAGGACGCGCCCACGUCCUCCCCGACCCCGUCCGCCCCCUCCACCACCGCGGCCGUCGACGACUCCACCGUCGCGCGGAAGCGCCGCCGCCGCAAGAAGCAGUUCCCCGGCAUGAUCCCCACGGCCGGCGUCCGCGUCCUCCGCGCCUCCUCCUCGUCGGGGGCCACCGCGGCGCAUCUCGCCGGCAUCCCGCGCCGCCGUGGCCGCCCGCCGACCAACUCCUCCCUCCGCCUGGCGCGGGAGCUGGAUUCCGAGGCCACCAUCGCGCUCGCGGCGGGGUUCCCCGCCGAUACCCUCUCCGAGGACGAGGUCGCCGCCGCCGUCAUCCCGCUUAUCGGUGGCGCCGACCAGGCCAACUACCUCGUCGUGCGCAACCAUAUUCUCGCGCUCUGGCGCUCUAAUCCCCUCUCCCCCGUCGCGGCCAACGCCGCGCUCGCAUCCAUCCGCGCCGAGCAUGCGCCCCUCGUCGCCGCCGCACACUCCUUCCUAUCGGACCAUGCCUACAUCAAUUUCGGCCUCGCCCCCUCCAUUGUCUCCCUACCACCAAUCCCCCCUCCCUCCCAUCCUCCCCCUUCUGUCCUCAUCGUGGGUGCUGGCUUUGCUGGCCUCGCCGCCGCACGCCACCUUAUGUCCCUUGGCUUCAAGGUUGCCAUUGUCGAAGGCCGACUCCGCCCAGGUGGCCGUGUGUUUACUAAGACAAUGCGGUCCUCUGCAGCAGACUAUCCUGACAUUGCUGCUUCUGCUGAUCUGGGAGGCAGUGUGCUCACUGGUAUUAAUGGGAACCCCCUUGGUGUCAUAGCACGGCAGCUUGGGUUCCCACUUCACAAGGUGCGGGACAAGUGCCCGCUGUAUCUUCCGGAUGGCCGCCCAGUCGACCCUGACAUGGAUGGUCGUGUUGAAGCUGCCUUUAACCAGCUUCUUGACAAGGUUUGCCAGCUGCGGCAGGUUAUCGCAGAUAAUGUCCCACACGGUGUGGAUGUGUCACUUGGCAUGGCACUCGAGGCAUUCCGGGCAGCGCAUGGUGUUGCCGCUGAGCCAGAGGAACGGAUGCUUCUUGAUUGGCAUCUGGCCAACCUGGAGUAUGCCAAUGCCGCUCCUCUUGCUGAUCUCUCCAUGGCCUUCUGGGACCAGGAUGAUCCAUACGAAAUGGGUGGCGACCACUGCUUUAUACCUGGUGGCAAUUCCCAAUUUGUCCGAGCACUUGCUGAUGGCGUCCCGAUAUUCUAUGGACAGAAUGUGCGAAGGAUACAGUAUGGGUGUGAUGGUGUGUUGGUCUACACUGAUAAGCAGACAUUCCGUGGUGAUAUGGCGCUCUGCACUGUUCCCCUUGGUGUGCUUAAGAAGGGGGACAUUGAUUUUGUGCCAGAGCUGCCAGUUCAGAAACAAGAAGCCAUUCAGAGAUUGGGUUUUGGGCUUCUUAAUAAGGUUGUGAUGUUAUUCCCUUUUGACUUCUGGGAUGGUAGGAUUGAUACAUUUGGGCAUUUGACUGAGGACUCUAGUCAACGAGGUGAAUUCUUCCUGUUCUAUAGCUAUUCUUCAGUCUCAGGAGGUCCACUGCUUGUUGCCCUUGUUGCUGGGGAAUCUGCUAUCAGUUUUGAGAAGAAGUCACCAAUGGAAAAUGUCGAGAGGGUGUUAGACACACUUAAAAAAAUCUUUUCACCCAUGGGGAUCGAGGUACCAAACCCAUUGCAGGCAAUAUGUACUCGAUGGGGCACUGACAGGUUUUCAUAUGGAUCAUAUUCACAUGUGGCUAUUGGGUCUUCCGGUGAUGAUUAUGAUAUUUUGGCUGAGAGUGUUGGUGAUAGAAUCUUCUUUGCCGGGGAGGCAACAAAUAGGCGGUACCCUGCAACGAUGCAUGGAGCUCUGCUUAGUGGGUACAGAGAGGCUGCCAAUAUUGUAAGAGCCGCUAGAAAGAGAGCAAAAAAGGUUGACUUAUCUGAGAAAAUAGUUGUCAGUUAUGAAGCCAAAGAUAUUGUUCAAGAUGACAACAUUGAUUUGGAUGAUCUCUUCCGUACCCCUGAUGUUGCUUUCGGUGGCUUCUCAGUUCUGCAUGACCCAUCUAUAUCUGAACCUGAUUCAGCAUCAUUGCUGCGUGUUGGAAUUGGUGCCAGAAAGUUAGGCUCUGGUUCACUUUUCCUGUACGGCCUAAUAAUGCGGAAGAAUGUAACUGAGCUAGCUGCAAUGGAAGGCGACGAGCAGCGGUUGAGUACACUGUACCGAGAUUUUGGGACAAAACUGGUGGGAUUGGAUGGCUUGGGUGAUGCUGGGGAAAGCCUUAUAUCACGGAUAAAGGCUUCUUCUAAGAAGUAGCAUCCAGUCAAGAUGUUGGAAUGGUUGACUCAGCUGUAACAGUUGUCAGCUCUGAGCAUUUAGUUUGCAAGUCCAACAUAGCUACUGACCUUUCAAGUAAUUCAUUCAUUUCAUUGAUUGCUAUAUACCUCUCAAUUCUCAUCAAGGUGUAAGCUGUGCCAUGUAAUACUGGUUAAACCAUGGGUAGUCAUUGAAGAUCAUAUCACCAUGGGAAAUAAUGGAAUUCUUAUCAGUACUUUCUGUUCAGACUUGAUACACCUCUCUGACAUUUCUAUGACAUUGUGAUGCAAUAUUUUUUUUUGGUGA